GAAGUGGACUGGGCUGAGCUGGGCUGGUGCUGAACUCCCUGGGCCUGGGGCAGAGUGUGGGUCAGGCACCUGAGCAGCUGGGGCUGAGCCUCGCUGACCAGAGCAGCCAUCCCUCCGCCCCAGCCCUGCUGCAGGCUGGGAUGCACAGCAGAGGCGGGCACCUGGAGGAGAGUGCGGUGGAGGCAGGGGCAGGGGCUGCUCAGUGGGGGUCCAGGCCUCAGGCAGUCCCAGAGGCCCAGAGGUGGGAGUCUGGUGAGGUGGGUGAGGGAAGUGAUUGCCUUGCCUAACGUGCCCCUCAUUUUCUUUCUUUUUUUUAUUUUUUAUUUUUUUUGAGACGGAGUCUCGCUCUGUCGCCCAGGCUGCAGUGCAGUGGCGUGAUCUCGGCUCACUGCAAGCUCCGCCUCCCAGGUUCACGCCAUUCUCCUGCCUCAGCCUCCGGAGUAGCUGGGACUACAGGCGCCGCCGGCACGCCCGGCUAAUUUUUUGCAUUUUUAGUAGGGACGGGGUUUCACCGUGUUACCCAGGAUGGUAUCUAUCUCCUGAGCUCGUGAUCCGCCUGCCUCGGCCUCCCAAAGUGCCGGGAUUACAGGCAUGAGCCACCGCGCCCGGCAGGUGCACCUCAUUUUCAUGGGGAGGAAGCAUUGAGAAAGAGGAGCCGUGUGUUCAGCAAACUUUGCUUAUUCAAAACACUCCAUUCUAGCUGGGCCCUGUCCCCACCCCACCCCUGCCUCAAAGGUGCUCCCCAGCCUCUGGGGUCAGAUGCCCAUGCUCUGGUCCCUGCCCCUGAGGAGGUCCUUUCUCCUAGUGAGCUCCCUGUGCCUUCCCUCAGUCCAGGCCUGGGCAGCAGUCUUCCCAGCCGGUCUCCAUGUUGUCCUUCUCCAGCCCUCCUGGGCCAAAUCUGCCCAGAGACCACCACAGGGACUGAGAGGCCCUGGCUCCAAGGCGACCCGGCCGCAUGACCACGUCUCCCCUGUGAGCAGCGCAGAGAAGGAAGCCCAGAGCAGGAAGUGCUGAGAGGCACGGGGUGGGGGUGGGGAUGGGGGCGGGGGCUUCCUGCCUCGGCCUCCUUGGGCAGAAGCAGUGACCACAGGCCCCCAUGGCAGGCAGGGCGGGUGGUAGGAGGGUGAUUUACAAGGCAGAUGGGCCUCUGGCUAGAGCUCAGCCCUGCACUCAGCCAGGGCCACCCCAGGGGCUAUAAGAGCAACUAGAUUUCUGGAGCAGCUCGGGGAUGGGUGCCAUUUGAGCACAGCUUGGCUCCCCCUCCUGGCUGGCCUCCUUCCUGCCCUUCUUCUGCCUGCCUGUGUCUGCCCAGAUUCUCCAAAGAGGAACGCUUGACACCAUGUCUCUGCUCAACCCUGUCCUGCUGCCUCCCAAGGUGAAGGCCUAUCUGAGCCAAGGGGAGCGCUUCAUCAAAUGGGAUGAUGAAACUACAGUUGCCUCUCCAGUUAUCCUCCGUGUGGACCCUAAGGGCUACUACUUAUACUGGACAUAUCAAAGUAAGGAGAUGGAGUUUCUGGAUAUCACCAGCAUCCGGGAUACUCGCUUUGGGAAGUUUGCCAAGAUGCCCAAGAGUCAGAAGCUCCGGGAGGUCUUCAACAUGGACUUUCCUGACAACAGCUUCCUGCUGAAGACACUCACAGUGGUGUCCGGCCCGGACAUGGUGGACCUCACCUUCCACAACUUCGUCUCCUACAAGGAGAACGUGGGCAAGGUCUGGGCUGAGGACGUACUGGCCCUAGUCAAGCAUCCGCUGACAGCCAACGCCUCUCGCAGCACCUUCCUGGACAAGAUCCUUGUGAAGCUCAAGAUGCAGCUCAAUUCUGAAGGGAAGAUUCCGGUGAAGAACUUUUUCCAGAUGUUUUCUGCUGACCGUAAGCGGGUGGAAGCUGCUCUCAGUGCCUGCCACCUCCCCAAAGGCAAAAAUGACGCCAUCAAUCCUGAGGACUUCCCAGAACCUGUCUACAAGAGUUUCCUCAUGAGCCUCUGUCCUCGGCCAGAAAUAGAUGAGAUCUUCACUUCUUACCAUGCUAAGGCCAAACCCUACAUGACGAAGGAGCACCUGACCAAAUUCAUCAACCAGAAACAGCGGGACUCCCGGCUUAACUCCCUGCUGUUCCCGCCAGCACGGCCUGACCAGGUGCAGGGCCUCAUCGACAAGUAUGAGCCCAGUGGCAUCAAUGUGCAGAGGGGCCAGCUGUCACCUGAAGGCAUGGUCUGGUUUCUCUGUGGGCCAGAGAACAGCGUGCUGGCCCAGGACAAGCUGCUGCUCCACCACGACAUGACGCAGCCACUCAAUCAUUACUUCAUCAACUCGUCCCACAACACCUACCUGACAGCCGGCCAGUUCUCAGGCGUCUCCUCGGCUGAGAUGUACCGCCAGGUGCUGCUCUCUGGCUGCCGUUGUGUGGAGCUAGACUGCUGGAAGGGGAAACCCCCUGACGAGGAGCCCAUUAUCACCCAUGGCUUCACCAUGACUACAGACAUCUUCUUCAAAGAAGCAAUUGAGGCUAUUGCAGAAAGUGCCUUUAAGACCUCCCCCUAUCCCAUCAUCCUGUCGUUUGAGAACCAUGUGGACUCACCCCGCCAGCAGGCUAAGAUGGCUGAGUAUUGCCGGACGAUCUUUGGGGAUAUGUUGCUCACAGAGCCCCUGGAAAAGUUCCCACUGAAACCAGGUGUCCCCCUGCCCAGCCCUGAGGAUCUCAGGGGCAAGAUCCUCAUCAAGAACAAGAAGAACCAGUUUUCUGGCCCCACCUCCUCCAGUAAGGAUCCUGGUGGGGAGGCUGAGGGCAGCGGCCCACCCAGUACCCCUGCAGGUGAGGGCACAGUGUGGGCUGGCGAGGAAGGGACUGAGCUGGAGGAGGAGGAAGUGGAAGAGGAAGAGGACGAGGAGUCAGGAAACCUGGACGAAGAAGAGAUUAAGAAGAUGCAGUCGGAUGAGGGCACAGCGGGCCUGGAAGUGACGGCUUAUGAGGAGAUGUCCAGCCUAGUCAAUUACAUCCAGCCCACCAAGUUCAUCUCCUUUGAGUUCUCUGCCCAAAAGAACCGAAGUUAUGUCAUCUCAUCCUUCACAGAGCUCAAGGCAUAUGACCUGCUCUCCAAGGCCUCAGUGCAGUUUGUGGACUACAACAAGCGCCAGAUGAGCCGCAUUUACCCCAAGGGAACCCGCAUGGACUCCUCAAACUACAUGCCCCAGAUGUUCUGGAAUGCUGGAUGCCAGAUGGUUGCCCUCAACUUCCAGACGAUGGACUUGCCCAUGCAGCAGAACAUGGCAGUGUUUGAGUUCAACGGGCAGAGUGGCUACCUCCUCAAGCACGAGUUCAUGCGCCGGCCGGACAAGCAGUUCAACCCCUUCUCAGUGGACCGCAUCGACGUGGUGGUGGCCACCACCCUUUCCAUCACGGUGAUCUCUGGGCAGUUCCUGUCAGAACGCAGCGUGCGCACCUAUGUGGAAGUGGAGCUGUUUGGCCUUCCUGGGGACCCCAAGAGGCGCUAUCGAACUAAGCUGUCACCUAGUACCAACUCCAUCAAUCCUGUCUGGAAGGAGGAGCCCUUUAUCUUUGAGAAGAUCUUGAUGCCUGAGCUGGCCUCCCUCAGGGUGGCUGUGAUGGAGGAAGGCAACAAGUUUCUUGGACACCGCAUCAUCCCCAUCAAUGCCCUAAAUUCUGGGUACCACCACCUGUGCCUGCACAGUGAGAGCAACAUGCCCCUCACCAUGCCUGCGCUCUUCAUCUUCCUGGAGAUGAAGGACUACGUACCUGGUGCUUGGGCAGAUCUCACUGUGGCCCUCGCCAACCCCAUUAAGUUCUUCAGUGCCCAUGACAAGAAGUCUCUGAAGCUCAAGGAGGCCAUGGGAGGUCUGCCUGAGAAGCCCUUCCCACUGGGGAGUCCAGUUGCCAGCCAGGUCAAUGGGGCGUUGGCCCCAACGAGCAAUGGGUCACCAGCAGCCAGGGCCGGGGCCAGGGAAGAGGCUAUGAAAGAAGCUGCGGAGCCGCGGACCGCCAGCCUGGAGGAGCUCCGGGAGCUAAAGGGCGUCGUGAAGCUGCAGCGGCGGCACGAGAAGGAGCUGCAGGAGUUGGAGCGGCGCGGAGCGCGGCGCUGGGAGGAGCUGCUGCAGCGGGGCGCGGCGCAGCUGGCCGAGCUCGGGCCACCGGGCGUGGGGGGCGGCGGGGCCUGCAAGCUCGGUCCGGGCAAGGGCUCUCGCAAGAAGAGGAGCCUGCCCGGCGAGGAGAGCGCCGGAGCCAUGCCGGGCGAGGGCCCUGAGGGCGUGGACGGGCGCGUGCGGGAGCUGAAGGACAGGCUGGAGCUGCAGCUGCUGCGGCAGGGCGAGGAGCAGUACGAGUGCGUUCUGAAGCGCAAGGAGCAGCACGCGGCCGAGCAAAUCUCCAAAAUGAUGGAGCUGGCUAGAGAGAAACAGGCUGCAGAGCUGAAGGCCCUGAAGGAGACGUCGGAGAGCGACACCAAAGAGAUGAAGAAAAAGCUGGAGACGAAGAGACUGGAGCGGAUCCAGGGCAUGACCAAAGUCACUGUAAACAAGAUGGACCAGGAGAGGUUGAAGAGAGAGAUUAACAACUCCCACAUCCAGGAAGUAGUGCAGGUGAUCAAGCAGAUGACGGAGAACUUGGAGAGGCACCAGGAGAAGCUGGAGGAGAAGCAGGCGGCUUGCUUGGAACAGAUACGGGAGAUGGAAAAGCAGUUCCAGAAGGAGGCGCUGGCAGAGUACGAGGCCAGGAUGAAGGGUCUGGAGGCAGAGGUGAAGGAGUCGGUGAGGGCCUGCCUCAGGACCUGCUUUCCCUCUGAGGCCAAGGACAAGCCUGAGAGGGUCUGCGAGUGCCCCCCAGAGCUGUGUGAGCAGGACCCACUCGUAGCAAAGGCAGAUACCCAGGAGAGCCGCCUCUGAUGCCCCCAUCCCACUGGGACAUUUAGCAAGGAUAUUCAGCCCCUUCUCUGGGAUGUGGUUCUAUUCCCCCAGGAAAAAGGAGCCCCAGCCUUCUGAGGCUGUGGGAACCUGUGGCUGCCUUGGACGCUGCAGCCCCCUCCUCAACGGCCAGGCCAGAGGCCGAGACAGGACCCAGGCACCCUCACGGCAGGGCCUCUCUGGGGCUUAGAAGUUGUCUCAAGCUGACUUCCUACCUCCCCCCUAUCUCUAGAUAAGUGUCAUAUUUGUUGAGGGCAAAAGACUAUGGACUGGAAGGCAGAAAGUGGGAUCCUGGCCCCACUCUGCCUUUCCUAUUGAGCAACCAGCGGUCCCUGCUCUGGGCUCAGUUUCCUCACCUGGAGGGUUGGACCCACUCACCUGGAACCUCCACUCUAGCCCCGAACCCUCCUGCCCCAAUGUUAGCAGCUCUGCCAGGCUUCCAGGCCCCAUCAGGCCUGCCCUGAGUUGGCCUUGUCCACUCCUUGAGGCAGAGCCUGGCACUACCUCACAGCUCCCUGGGGACGGCCACUCCCUGGCUGAGGGCCCUCCCCUCCCCUCUGCCUGUCCGGAACGGGAGGCUGAAAUGGAAAAGCUGCCCUGGCCCUGCUUGGCUGAGUCACAAGGGGCAGUGGCCUCUUGGGUGCUGUUCCACCCUGAACCUGGCUCACCCCUCUUCCUAGGCCUGGGGGCAGGCAGUUCCUAGCAUGUACCCCUCUCAGGCUGCCUGCCUGACAAGGUCAGCAUCAUUUGCUCUCCUGAAUUUAUGAGGUGUAUUUAUUUUUCUCUUUCUUACUCCUAUUAAAGAACCUUGUCCCAGUG